AGUAUAAAUUCGUUUCUAGACGUAGUCUCAAAGUUUAGUCUUCUUAAAAAAUUAUUUUAUUAAAGCCGCUAAAAUGAGUAAUUACAUUGCUAUGGAUUGUGAGAUGGUUGGAAGUGGCAACCGAAGUCUAUUGGCACGUGUUUCGUUGGUUAAUAGCUCUGGAUCCCUCGUUUAUGAUAAAUAUGUAAAACCAACGCAACCAGUGACUGAUUACCGCACUUUUGUAAGUGGGAUAAAGCAACACCAUUUGAAUUCGGGAGAAAAUUUUAAUACGGUUCAAAGGGAAGUGCAGAAUUUGAUCCGUGGAAAAAUUUUAGUUGGCCAUUCUCUUCAUUUUGACUUGGCAGCAUUGAGUCUUUCACAUCCAGAAACAGACAUAAGAGACAUUGCUAAAUAUGAGCCAUUUAAAAGGCUUAACAAUGGGAAUACUCCAUCGCUGCAGUUGUUGGCUCAACAUUACCUGCGACAGAACAUUCAGUCCGGGGAGCACGACUCGGCCGAAGACGCGAAAGUCGCUAUGAAAGUGUACCAAGCAGUGGCCAGUAACUGGCGUUAAAAAAAAAUCAAUA